AUGCACCCUCCAUUCGGUUCUUAUCCUAGUGGUCCAGUACCACCACCGCCUCUGCCUCCACCUGCCUCAUCUGUCGUGCAACCACCGCGUUCAAUGCAUCCGCAGUCAUCGCUUUCGUCGGCCUCCUCGAUGUUCACACCAGGCGGUGUGACCUAUCCGGGACAGACACCCGGUGCUGGAAUGGGCGGUUGGCCGCCCAAAUCCGGCCCGACCGACCCACAAUCGUAUUUCACUCAACCGAAUCAGCCUGCAAUGUACCAGCCACGUUGA